CUGUUUUUCCCUCGCGUGCCGCACAGCAACAACUUUUUCGGUUGUUCUUUUUUAUUCCGCCAGCAGCGGAUAAAGAAAGGAAGUGACUCAUCCUCGUCCGGUCAGCAGUACGGAUCCGACUUGGACACGCUGGACGUAACGAACAUGUACCCGCAAAACCUAUUGACGAUUCCGGCGUACCAUCAUUUUGAAAGGCAAAUUUCCGAACCGAUCAUUCCAACAUCGCCGGCCGUAUCGUCUCCACCGGAAGCGCGAUCAGCACCCGAUCAGCACGAUGAACCGUCGACACCCGUACCCCCAAUUCCACAAAUCCGACAAAUCCACCUGAAAACCGAUCGCACAUCGAGUCCAACGGUUGUUCUCGUUUCCGAUAUGGAAUCGCUCCAACAGCAGCACCAGCACCAUUUAUCGGGAAGUGCGGUUUCCAGUACAAGCACCGGAGGUGCUAGUGCUCCUAUCACAACGAUCACCACGACCAGCACCACCAGCUCCACCGCCGUAGCGCUACUUGCCGACCUGAGUUCAUCAACGCCGAGUUCAAUUCGCAUAAAAGGCGACGAAUUGUCGCGGUCUGCUUCAUCUCCUUUGAUGAGCAGCCGAUCGAAGGAAAUACCCGGCCUGGACAGCCAACGGUCUAGCCACUGUCCGGUGGUACGGGAGGGUCCCGCGCUGGGUUGCAAUUUCUGCUGGAACACAAGGAGGAUACUGCGACGGAAAACCAAGUACCACUGUCCCGAGUGCCAUACGAACUUGUGCAUUGCGCCCUGCUUCCAGGAGUAUCACGAACGCCAAUCGGCGGAGAACCCUGCCCCCACCAGCAACGACAGCGGAAGCGCCUGUGUGUAUGGUGUAGGUGGAUUGUACGCAAAAGUGGAUCUCCGAUUGAGCACCUUUACUUUCGCGGAAUUGUGUCAUUCUCUUUGUUGUUUUUGAUGGG